AUGCACGCCGUGAGAUGCGCACGUCAGCACACACGCCGUGAGAUGCGCAAGCAAACAUGCACACACCUGCGCAGAAGCGCCCGGCAGUGCACAGGUGCCAUGCAGAAUUCUGAGCUCAAGGGCCAAGCCUGGCUUCCUGACAAGCGCAUACACAGUACCCCUCAAGUUAUAGGUGAAUUAAAUGGAGUCAUCAUUUUGCCUUGUUCCUUGACUCCUGGAGAGAUUGAAGUGAUUCACUGGACCUUUGAGGGCAAAAAUGUGCAUAGCUAUUAUGAAGGCAAAGAUGUAUUUGACGAUCAAGACCCAAGCUACGUGGGACGAACCUCACUGUUCUUAGAUCAAAUCAAGAAUGGAAAUGCUUCACUCCAACUUAAGAACCUGCAGAAAAGUGAUGAACAGACAUAUUCCUGUUAUUUGUCAACAACAAAAGAAUCUAAAGAAUUCCCAGUGCAACUAAAAGUAGAAGUUGCAGUUUGGGGUGAGCAACAUAAAAAUUUCACCAUACCAUGUUCUUUUAAUCCUGGGGAGGAGGUUGUCAUUCACUGGAGAAUCGUGAACGAUGACUCGCGUAGUCAGAACAUGUUGGAAAAACAAGACAAAAGCUAUAAGGGACGAACUUCAUUGAUCCUAAGUGAGCUGGCCAAAGGAAAUGCUUCCCUCCAACUAAGAGAUUUGCAGGAAGGUGAUGAGAACACUUAUUCCUGCUAUGUAGGAACAAGAACAGGAAACAAAGAAGAUAAAGUGAAAUUACAUGUUGCAGACUUUGGACACUCAAUGGAAUAUACACUGGACCAUGAUGAGCUGAAAUGCUAUGCAAGUCACGUCUAUCCAUCUGAUAUUGUCACUAUCGAAUGGUAUGAGGACAACCACAUAAAGCAGCAAGGCAUCAGCACCUCAAGUUUAUCCACUUUACCCUAA